UGACGCCCAACUCAACUGGCCAGAUUAUGGUGCGACGACGUGCGUGUUUGGCGGCUUCUGGCUGGCUGGCUGGCAACUAGCACAAGAAGUCGCCUCGUUACAACCUUGUCGUCGGCCCACCUGAACGGUUCUUCUGGUUCUUAACCCGGCAAAGCUGCCUACGUUGUCGUCGAGGUCUCGUGCAAUCCAGCGCUGCCAUGUCGGCGAAGGCCAUCUCGGAACAGACGGGCAAGGAGUUCUUGUUCAAGCACAUCUGCACUUCAGUGGCCGUGCAGAACCGCUUCCAUUAUGCCAGCGUUACCGCCGAGACCGACUGGGCUAGUCUGACACAAGAGCACCCUUGGCUGCUAACAGAGAGACUGGUGGUGAAGCCGGAUCAGCUGAUCAAACGACGGGGGAAGCUGGGACUGGUGGGCCUCAAUUUGGACCUGUCAGGUGUUCAGGAGUGGCUUAAAAGCCACCUCAUGAGAGAAACCACCGUGGGCAAGGCAAAGGGCGUGUUGAAGAAAUUUCUCAUCGAGCCGUUUGUUCCACACAAACAGGAGGAGGAGUUUUACGUGUGCGUGUACGCCAUGCGCGAGGGCGACCACGUGCUCUUCCACCACGAGGGCGGCGUGGAGGUGGGCGACGUGGAUUCCAAAGCCCAGCGGCUGUUGGUCGCCGUGGAUGACAAACUCACCGAGGAUCAUGUCGCCAAGCAGCUGCUCGCACACGUCCACGAUGAGAAGAAAGCAAUUCUGGCCAACUUUAUAGUGAGUCUCUUCAACCUCUAUGAGGAUCUGUAUUUCACCUACCUGGAGAUCAACCCUUUAGUCGUCACCCAAAAUGGCGUUUACAUCCUGGACAUGGCGGCCAAGAUAGAUGCCACGGCCGAUUACAUCUGCCAGGCCAAGUGGGGCGAUGUGGAAUUCCCGCCGCCUUUUGGCAGGGAAGCUUAUCCGGAGGAAGCCUACAUAGCCGAUCUGGAUGCAAAGAGCGGUGCCAGUCUGAAGCUGACGAUACUGAAUCCUCGUGGCAGGAUUUGGACAAUGGUGGCAGGGGGCGGUGCUUCCGUAGUAUACAGUGACACCAUCUGCGACCUGGGCGGCGUGGACGAGCUGGCAAACUACGGCGAGUACUCUGGCGCGCCCAGCGAGCAGCAGACGUACGACUAUGCCAAAACCAUCCUCUCGCUCAUGACCCGUGAAAAGCACCCUCAAGGAAAGGUGCUGAUCAUCGGAGGAAGUAUUGCCAACUUCACUAAUGUAGCAGCCACAUUCAAGGGUAUCGUCAGGGCCAUCAAAGACUACCAGGGUCCUCUGAAGGAGAAUGAGGUCACCAUCUUUGUUCGACGGGGUGGGCCCAACUACCAGGAGGGGCUCAGGGUAAUGGGGGAAGUGGGGAAGACCACAGGUAUUCCUAUUCACGUAUUUGGUACUGAGACACACAUGACAGCAAUUGUGGGCAUGGCGCUCGGACACAAACCCAUCCCCAACCAGCCACCGAUGGACGCUCAUACUGCUAACUUCCUGCUGAAUUCAAGCAAUAAUGUGAUGACACCAGCGACCACAAGGACAGCCUCCUUCUCCGAACCCAGGCGGUCCAAUGACGUCGCUCCUGCCAAAAAGUCCAAAGCGGGUCUACCAGCAGACCCUCUUCAUUCAUUACUGUGGCCUCUGAAGAAUGUGGUCACAGGUGAUCGGAAAGAAGUGCAGGCCUCGUCAGGCUGCAGCGGAGCCAAAGCCACCACACUGUUCAGCAGGCACACCAAGGCCGUGGUGUGGGGCAUGCAGACGCGAGCCGUGCAAGGGAUGCUGGACUUUGACUACGUGUGCUCCCGGGACGAACCUUCAGUGGCCGCCAUGGUUUACCCCUUCACUGGCGAUCACAUGCAAAAGUUCUACUGGGGCCACAAGGAGAUCCUGUUGCCGGUCUACAAGAGCAUGGCCGACGCUAUGAAGAAGCACCCUGAGGUGGACGUGCUGAUCAGCUUCGCAUCACUACGCUCGGCCUUCGACAGUACAAUGGAGACCAUGCAGCACCCGCAGAUCCACACCAUUGCCAUCAUCGCAGAGGGCAUCCCCGAAGCUCAGACCAGGAGGCUGAUCAAGACGGCGGAUGAGAAUGGUGUCACCAUCAUCGGGCCCGCCACGGUCGGCGGCAUCAAGCCGGGCUGUUUCAAGAUCGGGAACACUGGUGGCAUGCUGGACAACAUCCUAGCCUCCAAGCUCUAUCGCCCCGGCAGCGUGGGGUACGUGUCGCGUUCAGGGGGCAUGUCCAACGAGCUCAACAACAUCAUCUCCCGCACAACCGACGGCGUCUACGAGGGCGUGGCCAUCGGAGGAGACAGAUACCCUGGCUCCACCUUUAUUGACCAUGUCCUUCGGUACCAGGACACUCCAGGCAUUCAAAUGAUUGUGGUGCUGGGAGAGAUUGGUGGCACAGAGGAGUACAACAUCUGUCAGGGCAUCAAGGAGGGCAGGAUCACCAAACCAGUUGUGUGCUGGUGUAUCGGAACCUGCGCCACCAUGUUUGCAUCAGAGGUCCAGUUCGGCCAUGCCGGGGCAUGUGCCAAUCAGGCGUCUGAGACGGCGGUGGCCAAGAACCAAGCCCUGAGGGACGCCGGAGCGUAUGUACCCAAGAGCUUUGAUGAGCUGGGUGAGGUCAUCAGAACGGUUUAUGAUGAACUCGUGGCCAGUGGGACCAUUGUUCCUGCUCAAGAGGUGCCACCCCCAACAGUACCGAUGGAUUACUCGUGGGCCAGGGAGUUGGGCCUGAUCCGUAAACCGGCCUCCUUCAUGACCAGCAUCUGCGACGAGCGAGGCCAGGAGCUCAUCUACGCCGGCAUGCCCAUCACCGAGGUCUUCAAAGAGGAGAUGGGUUUAGGAGGAGUGCUGGGACUUCUCUGGUUCCAACGCAGGUUGCCUCGCUACGCCUGCCAGUUCAUUGAGAUGUGCCUGAUGGUGACGGCCGACCACGGGCCCGCUGUCUCCGGCGCGCACAACACCAUCGUCUGCGCGCGAGCCGGCAAAGACCUCAUCUCCAGCCUCACGUCGGGCCUGCUCACCAUCGGGGACCGUUUUGGCGGCGCCCUCGACGCAGCCGCCAAGCAGUUCAGCAAAGCCUUCGACAGCGGCAUGCUGCCCAUGGAGUUUGUCAACAAGAUGAAGAAGGACGGCAAGCUCAUCAUGGGCAUCGGACACCGUGUCAAAUCAAUCAACAACCCAGACAUGCGGGUGCAGAUUCUGAAGGACUUUGUGAAGCAGCAUUUUCCUUCCACUCAGCUCCUCGACUACGCCUUAGAUGUAGAGAAGAUCACCACCUCCAAGAAACCCAAUCUCAUCCUCAACGUAGAUGGUUUUAUCGGCGUCGCCUUCGUGGACCUGCUCAGGACGUGUGGUGGCUUCACACGCGACGAGGCUGACGAGUUUGUGGAGAUCGGCGCGCUGAAUGGCAUCUUUGUCCUCGGCCGGAGUAUGGGUUUCAUCGGCCACUACCUGGACCAGAAGAGACUCAAGCAGGGUUUGUACCGUCACCCCUGGGAUGACAUCUCCUACGUGCUUCCUGAACACAUGUCCAUGUGACGCGUUACCACCUCUCGCCCGCCUAACGUUUACGCUCUGUCUCGCCCUCUGCCUUGGAAAAAGUCGGCAGAAGAAGUAGUACCAGUAUAUCCUGAUUGACAGUUCUCAGUAGAAGCAUUCAAUCUAUUUUUUAAUGGAUGAAAAGGGGAAGUAUAUUUUUAGAUUUAGUUUUUGACAGCAACAGUAAAUCAGUGACUUUGUGGCCAGAGCACAAAGAAAAGGGAUUUGGAUUGCUUCUGUAUUUGGACCGCAUGGAAUCAGGUGAAACGCAAUACCUUGUCUGGUUUAUAUUUAUCAUGACUCCUUAUUUAUUCUAGUCAAGGUUUAGGCCUUCAUUCAGAAGAUAUGCCUCCGUGUUUUCUGCCUAUAUGUUUUCUACCUUUUUAUUUAAGUUCAAGUUCAUCCAAACUCUUCAAAAUGCCUUGUGAGUUUCACUCCCUCGUCAGUUUGUGAUGAAGAAAGUCACUUGACGAAAACCAUUGCGUAGCCCAGUAAAGACGGAGUAGAAUCUGCACUGUAAUCACUCAAAAAUGAAGAAAACCCAUGAAGUGCAAUGUUGGGAAAUGAUUUCUAAACUAAAUUUCCAUCAAUUACUUUAUAAACUUGACAUAACCUGGAGGUUUUAUCAUUUCCCCACUCACGACAAUGCUUUGUUUGAUCCUUGUGUUGCUUUUGUUAAACUGUGAAAAUAUGCUUUUUUUUUGUAAGAAGCUGUUAUUUUAGUUUAAUAAAGACCUUAUUGUUUUACUUUUCA